AUGACGACCCACAGUAUCGACCUGUACUUAGCACCCGGCGCGUGUUCACUCGCACCACAUAUCCUUCUUCACGAGGUUGGCGUGCCGUUCUCCACGACCAUAGUCUCCGUCAAAUCGGGGCUUCCUGCUGAUUUCAAAACUGUGAAUCCGAAGAUGCGCGUUCCGGUCUUGAUCAUGGACGGGCACACCAUCACUGAGGUUCCUGCCAUCAUGCUGGCGACCAGUCAACUUGCGCCUGAAAAGGACUUGAUGGGCGAAACGGAUCUAGAGAAGGUUAGGGUUCUGGAGUGGCUGAAUUGGUUGUCUGGCACGUUGCAUGGUCAGGCGUUUGGGGGUUUGCUGAGACCCGGGAGGUACACGGAUGAUGAGAAACUGUAUGAGGCGAUCAGGGAGAAAGGGUUGAGGAAUUUGAAGGAGGGGUUUGGGCAGAUUGAAGCUUGGCUUGGGGAAGGGCAGGGAGCGAAAUAUACGGUUGGGGGGAGGUUCAUGGGUGUUGAUGCGCUUUUGUAUGUGUUUUACCGUUGGGGAGUGGGAAGGGGGUUUGAUAUGCAGAAGGAAUAUCCCAGGUUUGCGGAGUUGGCGAGGGAGGUGGAAGGGAGGGAGGCGACGGUGAUGGCGUUGGCAUCGGAGCAUCUGGCUGCAUUGUGA